AUGGAGUUCACUUGCAAGGGCUUCCAGGUGGGAAAAUGUGAAGGUGAGAAGGUGGUGGAUGGUGAGACAAUGCCACUAGUGCUACUACCACCACAGCCCAACAAGAGUGACUUAGAGUCCCUUCUUGUAGCUCUAAAGAACCACAAAGACUGGUUUGAGCAAAUGAUUGUCAAGAACAGUGCUGUGCUCCUCCGAGGCUUUGAUGUGAAGGACGCAGUGAACUUCAAUGACAUAGUCGAAGCCUUCGGCUGGGACAAUAAGGGAUACGUCGGGCCGGCGCUGAGGACUCAUAUAUACAAGCGUAUACGGACAGCCAAUGAAGGUCCCCUCUCUGAGUUUAUAUAUUACCAUCAUGAAAUGGUCCUGCUUCCCAAGGGUGAUACCUGGUCCAUUCAUAAAUUUGGUGGCACCUGUGCGAGAAGCUCCCAAAGAAUCCAAAAUGUUGCAGAGAUAAUUAUUAAGGAUGACUCAGAAAGAAAGCUGGUCGUUGUGUCUGCAAUGUCAAAGGUGACAGAUAUGAUGUAUGAUCUUAUCUAUAAAGCACAGUCACGAGAUGAUUCUUAUCUGGCCGCACUGGAUGCUGUUUUAGAAAAGCACAAGUUAACAACACUUGAUCUGCUUGAUGGUGAUGAUCUUGCUAGCUUCUUAUCUCGGCUGCAUCAUGACAUCAACAACCUUAAAGCUAUGCUUCGUGCCAUAUACAUUGCUGGUCAUGCAACAUAA